GACUAGCAAUUUGCAGCUUGUUUGUUCCUCAUCACUGUCUUGGGUAAUUUAGUUAACUGCGUAGAUCGCACCAGGGUGGACUGAGGGGUUGACUGAUCGCACCAGGGUGGACUGAGUAAAUAUCUUUUCCCUGUUUAUUUUGUAUACGGACACACACCCUUGCUCAGAGAGCAGCACCUUGCAGUGUUUACACUGUCACCCCUCAAACAACAUCAUCAUGCUCGUUUUUAUCGUGCUGUCAUCCUUGUUUCAAGCAUUGCCAACGUGCUUUGCUGCGUUUGAUCCGGGGCUGCGUCGUAUUCGUUCGCAGCUAGGUGGUGGCUUCCCUGGUGGAUACGACGGGACUGGUCGCCCGUAUCCUCCCGACUUUGAUAGAGAGAGGCAGACAAGGACUGCUGUCGAAGACGCGGGAGGCCAGCAACAGGCCCAACACGGUCAGCAGUUUCAACAUCCGCAGCAGGCCCUGAAUCAGCAACAGUUUCAACAGCACCCAGCUG